AUGUUUGUUUCUGGUGUCAAAGUUGGGCAAACUGGGAAAUUUUCGAGAGGCCAAGUUACUUUGGAAAUGGUUAUAGUCUUUGAUCCUGGAGGAGGUACUUUCUAUGUAAUAAUUCUUGAAGACAGGGAUGGUGUUCUUGAGGCAAUCUCAAAAGCCAUAACUAAUCUGUUUAUAUGCAAUGAGCCUCUCUCUAUCAACAACUUUGAUCUUCAUCAUUUGACAUCAAAAUGGCCAACUGAGGUUGAAUUGGUGAUUUUAGCUUCACUUGAUAUUGCUUCUUUAACUACCAGCUGGGAAGUGAUUAGUAAGGACAAAAGCUAUUCUAUCUUGGUUAGUGGACACAGUGGUGCUUAUAUAAAGCAGGUAUUGGAAUUUGUUGGAUUUAACAAGAAGGAGCCGGAGGUAACUGUAGGAGUUGUGGCUUCUGUUAUUCAUGUUGGUAGUUUAGAAUCUGCAAAGGCCACUGAAAUUGAUUUAUCAGUCUUUAAGGUUGACAGCUCUUGGUUUUAUCUUCACACUAGAGCAACAACUCUGGACAAACAUCCAAGCCUGGACAAAAUUACCAUGUUAAUGUCAGUGUGGCUUUACUCGAACCAUGAGGACAAGGUUCUUUUUGAGGAAGAAAGGGAUGGAUUAAGUGAGGAGAGUGUAGAGAGGCAUAUGGUGGAACAACAGUUGUUUGGUAGUAAAAUUAGGAAUAUUGUAGCUGUAGGUGGGCCCAAGAGGACUGGGGAGGUACCUGUAGAAAGAUGGGGUGAUGAGUUGAAACGGGUCGGGUUUUUGCCCAUUUCAUUAUCGGGUACUCCAGCUGCACAAGGUAGUUUGUUGCUAGGGAUGUUUCCAAGAGGGUAUACUUUGGUUGAGGAAAAUGGGUGUUUGAAGUUGGGUUGGAAGGAUUUGUCUUUGUUGACUGCCUCUACAUGGCAACCUUGCGAUUAA